CCACCACCACCUCCCCCUCUCCGCUGACGACCCUGCCGCCGCCGUCGCUCGUGUAUGCAGCGGCGCUCGCUCAAGGCUCACGCACACAUCGCUCCUCCUGUCCGCUCAGCUCGCAUGGGCUCCGACUCGGAGAAGGCACCGUCGCGUCUUAACCAGAAAAGCUUGGGUGUCACGAACCGCAUAUGGCUCAUCCUCGCGCUCUUUCUCGUCUUAAUCUUAUUCACUCGCUCUAUUCUACCCAUCGAUAGCUCUCCGCGGCAUCGACUAUUAACGUCAGACUUGAAGCCGAAGAACUACCUGAACGUCACAGACCAAGAUGCAAUGCCAUUCUCGUUCUGUCCAGCACUGGGUCCUGGGGACGAGCUAGCUGGGAAAUACGACCCUGUCGCGCUCUCAAAAAGCAGAUUUCAUUUGGGCAGUGGGGCGCGUAUACAGCGCGUGAUUAACAAGGCCUUGUCGGGCCUUCCAGUAACCAUCAGUGUGCUUGGUGGCUCAGUAUCCGCUUGCCAUGGUGCAGGUGACGACCCAUUAUCACCGCAUUGCUAUCCGUCCAGGUUCUUCAACUGGUGGAAUGGUGUCUUCCCCCAUCCCGCGUCCGAACUCACUAACGGCGCCAUGCGCCGCACCAACUCUGCCUACUUCGCGUUCUGUAACGCGCACCAUAUACCCGACGUCUCGGACCUUGUCAUUGUCGAGCUCGACGUGGACGAUGCCAAUGACCAAGCAGCGAUCGAGCAGUUUGAGCUUCUCAUCCGUUCUAUCCUAAUCAGACCAGACCAGCCCGCAGUCCUCAUACUCGGGCACUUCAGUCCGCAGAUCACCCAAGCGCACGGCUUCAAUGGCCCUGACCACUGGCAUAGCCUGGUAGCGCAAUUCUACGAUGUUCCUCACAUCAGUAUCAAACCACUGCUAUAUCAUGAUUACAUGUCCAAUCCCUCAUCUGUCGACCAGUACUACGUCGAUCCGAUCCUUGCAAACCCAGCAGGACACGAGGUUAUCGCUGACGUGCUCAUCUCAUAUUUCCAGUCGCAGAUUUGCGCAGCCUGGGGUGCGGCAACGGGUGUAUCGCAUGAGGUCCUGCCUGCGCUCGCCGUGCCCAUCUUCGCUGACAACAACGCCAAGCAACCCACCGACGCCCGGGGGCUAUUUGGCGGCGUCGCGCAGCGCAAGGGCGCGGCAGGCGGUGCGGAUGCUCCACUAGACGCAGAAGGUGACGCGAAGCCCAACGCCGCGCCGUUCCCGGAGGCGAACCCGAACGCCAAGGGGCCUUCGCUGCAUCAGAACCUGCGUGUGCCCCCGAUGCGACUGAACAUGCGGCCCGCGGACCUCGAGGCGCACCCAUUUAUCGAGGUCGCGCCGUGGUGCGUGUCCGCGAACGACCUCAUCAACCCGCUCCCGCUCUCGAUGUUCGCGGACUCGGGCUGGGCGGCGUACCAUCCGCGCCCAGGCUCUGCGGACCUGUCGUCCCACGCGCACUACUUCUACACGACGCUGCCGACGAGCAAGCUCCGCGUGGGCAUCCACGCCAGCGCGGGCGACGUCGGCGUGUACUACGUCAAGGAGCCGGCGAGCAACGUGCGCCUCGGGAGUGCGGUGGAGUGCUGGGUCGACGACAACUACGCGGGGGCCGUCGUAAUCGAGAACGCCGCGCAAAUCGGGGAGCCGACGCCUGCGCUGGAGAUGAUCGACCGCCAUGUGUCGGCGGGGUCGCACUUUGUGGAGUGCCAGUUGAUGGGCGAGGAGGACGAGCGCAACAUACCGGCUUUCAGGAUCAUAGGUGUAUUCGCUACGUAAUGUCAUAUCUUGGGUUGCUCUCGCUGU